AACCAUCCUUGUAGAAAACAUCAUCAACUUUUGUUAUAAGAGGUAUCCGUAUAACAACUUUUGUUAUACGAUCGGUCCACUCCUUAGUCCUUGUAGUAAUCAGCAAAAUUACUACCCCUUGAUUAAGGUUUUGGAUUCUGAAUCGCGAAGAAAGCAUCAACGUUAGAAGAGCUAUAACCACUGAAUUUGGUAUAGUAGCUAUCACCAAAUCUUGUAAGAUUAGUAAAAUGAAAGAUUAAUGCGGCCACCGAACAAUCACCGCAAGGGAUGGUGACGGUGUACCAUCAAGUCGUCCACGUCAAUACUUCAAUGCUGUCGCCCACGCAAGGGAAAAUGCCGUGCUCUACUUUCUUUGGGAUUCCUUCUCUCUUGCGACACUCCAGAGAACGGGAAAACUUAAAAUAAGGCUUAGGUUGCUUGGGAACAAUGGAAAACAAGGGAUUGUUGCAGAGUAGGGAACUCUAUCAGUACCUCCUGGAGACUAGUGUCUAUCCACAUGAACUGCAGCCUCUCAAGGAGCUAAGGGAUGUUACUGCAAGUCAUCCGUGGGCCACUAUGGCAACUGCCCCAGAUGCUGGUCAGUUGAUUGCCAUGCUCUUGAAACUAAUAAGUGCCAAAAAGACAAUAGAGAUUGGUGUCUUUACUGGAUACUCCCUACUGCUUACUGCCCUUACAAUACCAGAUGAUGGCAGGAUUGUAGCAAUUGACCAGAACAGAGAUACAUAUGAGAUAGGGCUGCCAAUUAUAAGAAAAGCUGCAGUUGAGCAUAAGAUCGACUUCAUUGAGUCCGAGGCUCUUCCAGUUCUUGAUAAACUCCUUGAAGAAAAUCUUAACCAUGAAGCCUUUGACUUUGCUUUCGUUGAUGCGGACAAAUUAAAUUAUCUGAAGUACCAUGAGAAACUGUUGAAAUUGUUAAAGCUUGGUGGAAUAGUUGUAUACGACAACACACUUUGGGGAGGAUUGGUGGCCUUGCCGGAAGAAUCUGUGGCUGAGGAAAUGAAAGCAGGCAGGCAUUUCACAAUUGAGUUCAACAAAUUGCUAGCUGCUGAUACCCGAGUUCAAAUAUCCCAGGUUCCUCUGGGUGAUGGGAUUACUAUUUGUAAGCGUCUCCACUAAAUCUUAUGCUGGAGUACGUACUUGGUAGUUGUAAGUUCUUGUUCUUUAUCAACAUGCUUGUAAGCAUGAACUUGUGGACUUGAGAUUCUUCUUUUGUGUUUAUAAUGUCAGCCUUCAGUACAAGAUUUUAAUGCCUUGUUGAAAUAGAUAAAGGAGGUCAUCUUUGAAAGGAAA